GCACGCUCCCGUGGCAGGUCAAAAACCCACGCGCACCCCGCACAUCGCACGCCCAAAGCACACUCCCUCCGGCCGCAGCUCCUGUAGACCUGUACCGUGCCCACUGCCCACUCUCUUCACUCCCCUCCUUCCACCCCCUGCUCGAGGCACAGCCCCUUCUGCUACCGGAGCUCUCCACCGCUCUCUGCGCCGGCGUUCUCCAGCUCGCCAUGGAGGCGCCGCUACUGGUGGCCGCGCUGCUGCUGCUGUCCUCGUCCCUCGUCGUCUCCGAUUUCUGCGUGUGCAGGUCGGAGCAGCCGCAGGCGGCGCUGCAGAAGACCAUCGACUACGCGUGCGGGGCGGGGGCGGACUGCAACUCGAUCCACGAGCAGGGGCCGUGCUACAACCCCAACAACGUCGUCGCGCACUGCUCCUGGGCGGCCAACAGCUACUUCCAGAAGAAGAGGGCCAUGGGCGCCACCUGCGACUUCGGCGGCACCGCCCUCGUCGUCUCCACCGACCCAAGUUCUUCAGGCUGCUCCUACCCCUCAAGUGCAAGUGCUGCUGGAACAUCAACGACUCCGACCGGGGCUGGGACUGGGAUCGGAGGCACACCAGGGGGAACUGGAGGCACCUUCACGCCCGGUGCCGGCACUAGCACCGGUGGCAUGGGAGGAACCGGCACGGGGACGGACACUACCACUGGGUUCGGCGGCCUGGGUCCAACCGGCACGAGCAACAUGGACACGGCCGCAGCCGGCUUGCAUCCAAGGUCCGGAGCGCCUGCCUUCCUUGCCGUGCUCCUCUCCUUCCUGUUCCUGGUAUUCGCAUGAAGCUGGAUCGCUCGCUCGAAUUUGCCCGGGGUAGAAGAAAGAAACCGCUUUAGUAAGCUUGUUGCAGGGCUAGUCGGAUCUUAAGGACAGAGGAUGAAAAACCUGAUAUAUCUGAAGGUGUCAUCCUGUCCAAAUGAAGAAGAACAAGAACAAGAAAAACCCUGCUUCCUUCUUGUCUGGUGUCAAUGGCAUGCACAUGGUUUGGUGCCUUUUGUGUCCCUUGAUCUGAUCUCUUGCUCUGUAAUUUGGUAGGAUGGCCGUCGCUUUCGUGCAUGGACCCUUGUCUUCCUUCCUCUUUUUUUCUCUGUUCGUCUUGUGAUUCUAGGGGAACUAGUACUAGGUUAGUUGUUCAAGGCUGGCUGGAGUGAGGAUGUUGUUGGAACAAUGGCAUACUAGUAUCAAGUUGCGAUCGAGUUCUUGUCC